AUGAGGAAUGGUGUCCCGGCGACGCCUGAGGACCCGCAGAACACCAUCGACCGGGACACGCUGUGCGUUGCGUGUCCCGAGCCCGAUGUAGUCCUCCACGCCGGCCAACCUGGCUUCCGCGACCGCCUGCUGCACCUCUACGACCCCGCAGAGAGCAAGGCCGCCGAGCAGCUCGUGAGGUUGAAGGACCGUCUCCGCCGCACCACGACCGAGGAUUUUUUCGAGGCCGUUACCGAAGGCCUGGCCCAAAUCCUGGGCGCCCAGUAUGCCUUCGUUUCCAAGCGCAUCCUCGUCGACGACGAGAAUGUCGCCGUCGAGAUGCCACCCAUCGGGGAGCCUGGAGCAUGCCUGAUGGGUGCCGGUUUCUACGUGAACGACGGGCACGACAUCCAGCUCAAAGUCAAGAAUUUCAAAUAUCACGCCUAUUCGUGUCCAUGCGCCUACAUGAAGCACGACAAGAUUUUCAUUGUCCCGGAGAGAUUGAACGAGUUUAUUCCCGAGAAUCCUAAUGCUCUAGUUAUCCCCGCAGAAGCCUACCUGGGCGUCCCGCUUUGCGCUGAAGGCAAAUGCUUCGCUCAUUUCGGCGUCAUGUGGUCGCGCGAAGGCGCGGAGAAGAGGCAGCUGCGCUGGUCGUAUAUGGAGAUGAUCUGCCAUGCUCUGGAAGACAUGAUCCUAGACAGAUUAUUAGAAGGAAAGAGGUUCGCUCCAGAACCAGUGGCCGAUCUAAGACCCUCCAAAGUCGUUCCUCACGAGGCAGUCACCAUUGCCCAAUCUCUGAAACCAUACGCCCGGAGUCUUUCCCACGAGCUAAGGACACCCAUGCAAGGAGUAGUCGGCAUGUUAGAUGUCAUGUAUGCCACAGUCCAGGAAGCAGUUGAGGGCCACGGGGAUGGCGCCCUCCGGAAGGUUUUCGAAACCUUGAAGGGAAACAUAGAAGUGGUGCAGGACAGCUCCAGGCGAGCGGUAGAGGCAGCAGAUAAUGUCGUCCACGCCUACGACAUGAAUAUGGGCGUCCCCGAGUCGCCGGAAUCCGCCAUGGAUGAUGAAAAAAUGGACCUGUCUCCGGAAGCACAGCCGGAUAUCGUAGUAUCAGGGAACCACAUGACGCUCGGCCUCCACGGACACGGGAGCAAGAGGAGGAGGGAAAGUAAUCCUUGGGACUCUGGAAAGAAUCUGAAGAUGCACGCAACAGAGGCACACUGGGCCACACGACCCAAGGUCGAUCUUCCUCCACUCCGCGGCAACAGGCGUCAUUCUCAACCCAGCGAUCAAGCAUCUACAGCUAGUUCGGACAGUUUCGCAUCGAUAGCGGUGGGGAAUGUGGCCCGGAGAACGCCGCCGGCAACUCCCAACUUUGCUUCGGAAAGCACCGUCGUGCCAGGUCUUCGACAUGCUAGCAUACGAGACGUGAUUCAAUACGUGAUCAACGACUCGCUCAAGCUUGGGGGGAGGCCUGAAUCAGCCAUCGCCCACGAGACAGACGGCGGAGAGACGAUCGAGGUAUCAAUGAGGGAUUUUAGUGGCGCACAGAGAGUUAAGAUGAUCGAGUGGUCCGUGGAUAGCGCUAUCCCGGACACGAUUCUCAUUAAAUUCACCGAAGAGGGUAGGAUAAGCCUGACGGCUCGACUUAACACGACGCUUAAACAUCGAUACAUUGUCAUCAAAAUCGAAGACUCAGGCACCGGGAUUCCCGAGGCCUUCAUUCCCAACUUGUUCAAAGCAUUCUCCCGAGAAGACGACUCGUUGACUCGACAAAGCGAAGGCCUCGGCUUAGGUCUCCUUGUGGCCAAAGGUCUGGCCCGGAAGCUAGGAGGCGACCUCUUUUGCACUCGCUCAGAGGUGGCAGGGCCCAAUCGAGGGUCGGAAUUUGAGAUUAGAGUACCGCUUCACCCAGGUGAAGUUGUUAGCCGGCCGAACACGCCUAUGGGAUCGAGGUCACCCUCGGCCAAACCAAGAACGCGUGUGCAGAGCCCGCACACUUUGAAUGACGUGCAGGGCACACCGAGCACUGAGCCUCCCUCCCUCGGCUCGCGUUCACCAUUGCCGCGACAGCCGUCUGCGCGGCCGUCUGAAGGGUCCCCAGUGGAGCCUCGGCCACGUCCCGGUAUCCACAGGCGGCGCACAUCAAUCAAGAAGAAUUCGUUCGACCGCGACCUUGCGCAGCGGCACCCGCUCAAUUUUUUGGUGGUUGAGGAUAACAAGAUUAAUCGGAAGCUGCUCGUCAGCAUGUUGCAAAAGCUUGGGUACACGUCGAUCCGCGAGGCGUACGACGGAACGGACGCGGUGCGAGAAAUGCGCGCGCUUCGCGACCAGGCUCAUCGGAUCGACGUGGUGCUCAUGGAUCUCUGGAUGCCGCUGAUGGACGGGUAUGAAUCGGCGAAACGCAUUCUCGAGAUACCGCUGGCAGAGGCGCAGCCGACGCACCCCAAGAUCCUGGCGGUGUCUGCAGACGUCACAGACGGCGCGCUGGAACGCGCAGCGAAGGUUGGGAUGACGGGGUUUAUGACGAAGCCGUACAAGCUCAUGGACUUGGAGAGGCUCAUCGUGCAGUACUGCAACAAAGAAGCAGACGAGUCGAACAACAUCAUCAACGACCAUUCAUGA